AUGGUGCGCAGGAUCAGCUUGGGCACGGGCCGAUCAGAGGCAGCCGACCUUGCAGCAGCCAGAGCGCCUCCCGCUAGAACAAAUCAGGAAGCUCCGAACGGUUCUCGCAACGUCACGCCGCUCCCCAGCGCGACUCCUGUGAGCGCAGUCAGCAGCCCCGCUCGUCCAAGCGACGAGCGCUCUGGUCCCACAGCCUCGACAAGUGCAGCUCUUGCACUCAAUGAAGCCCCUAGUGCGGCCGCUUCCAGCUCUCCUGCUGAUGGACAGGCUCGACAAACGCACAGGAUACGGCUCGUGCCUCAUCUCGAAGCCACACGCUCCCUGCAUUUUGAGCCGAUUGAGCGCGAUCUAGUCGAGGGCAGCAACACUGUCAAGAUUGGCCGUUUCACGGACCGAAAUGCCAGCGGAGCGAUUCCAAGCUCUGCCGGUGGCGGCGGUCGCGUCGAUUCUGCACGCAUUGCCUUCAAGAGCAAGGUGGUUAGCCGAGGUCAUGCUGAAGUCUGGUGCGAAUCAGGUGGCAACUUCUUCAUCCGAGACACCAAGUCGUCCUCAGGUACUUUCCUCAAUCACAUCCGGCUAUCAGCACCCAACGCCGAGAGCAGACCCUUUCCCAUCAAGGAUGGCGACGUGGUACAGCUGGGCGUGGAUUACCAAGGUGGCACGGAAGAGAUUUAUCGCUGCGUCAAAAUGCGUGUUGAGCUCAAUCGCGGAUGGCAGAGAGCCGCGAACGAAUUCAACAUGAGUGCCCUUCGUCAGCUUCGCGCAUUGCAAGGGACGCCGAUGGAAAGUGCAAAGGCAAAGCCGCCAGCAAUUGCGACGACAGGCCCUCAGCCUCCCACCAAUCGUCAGUCGAUGAGUGUGACGGAUUGCUGCAUCUGCCUAUUCUCGGUCACUGUAUGCCAGUCCCUCUUCAUUGCACCCUGCUCGCACGUCUUUCAUUACAAAUGCAUCAGGCCCCUGUUGCUCCAGCAUCACCCCGGAUUCUCUUGCCCCUUGUGUAGGACCUUUGCGGACUUAGAAGCCGACGUGGAG